CAGCGCCCUCGGCCGCCAUUCGGCACCCGAAACUUUCCAGCGCCCGCGCCUCUCGGGGACUCGCGGCGGCGGCGGGGCGGGGGCGGCCCGGGGGCGGCGCGCGGCUGCUCCGGGGCGCCGGGCCCUCCUCGGCCGCGGCACGGCCCGGGCUCGGCGACGGCCGGCGGCGGGGAGGCUCGGAGCGCGGCGGCGCCGCCACAAGUUGCGCUGCGGGCGGCGAGGUGACUGAAGACAGAAAACAGGCCUCGAAAUAAACCCUCGAAGGAAGAAGGGAUUUGCCUACACUUGGCUCUGAGCAGCUCCUGGCAGACACUUUGCAGUUUAUACGAGCGGAUGCUGGGGAGCUCACUGGUCCAGAAGUCUACACAUGAAGUCACCAUAAAGAGGGUGGCUCCCACAUCCGACAUUCCUCAUCGCCGCGAGGUGAGGCUAAGAUGAGCAUAACCAGUGACGAGGUGAACUUCCUGGUGUAUCGCUAUCUCCAGGAGUCAGGUUUUUCCCACUCGGCAUUCACGUUCGGUAUCGAGAGCCACAUCAGCCAGUCCAACAUCAACGGGACGCUGGUGCCGCCGGCUGCCCUCAUCUCCAUCCUGCAGAAGGGACUGCAGUAUGUGGAGGCCGAGAUCAGCAUCAAUGAGGAUGGCACGGUGUUCGACGGCCGGCCCAUAGAGUCCCUGUCCCUGAUCGACGCUGUGAUGCCGGACGUGGUGCAGACGCGGCAGCAGGCUUUCCGGGAGAAGCUCGCCCAGCAGCAGCAGGCCAGUGCGGCGGCGGCAGCAGCAGCGGCGGCGACGGCAGCGGCCACGGCAGCCCCGGCGGCGGUGGCGCAGCAGCACCCACCAAAGAACGGAGAGGCCACCGUGAACGGCGAGGAGAACGGAGCACAUGCAAUAAAUAAUCAUUCGAAACCAAUGGAAAUAGACGGGGACGUUGAGAUCCCGCCCAACAAAGCCACAGUCCUCCGGGGCCACGAGUCGGAGGUGUUCAUCUGUGCCUGGAACCCUGUCAGCGAUCUCCUCGCUUCAGGAUCCGGAGACUCGACGGCGAGAAUAUGGAACCUUAAUGAGAACAGCAACGGGGGCUCCACGCAGCUUGUGCUGCGGCACUGCAUACGAGAAGGAGGACACGACGUCCCGAGCAACAAAGAUGUGACCUCGCUGGACUGGAACAGCGACGGGACGCUGUUGGCCACGGGUUCCUACGACGGCUUUGCGAGAAUAUGGACCGAAGACGGCAACCUGGCCAGCACCUUAGGGCAACAUAAAGGCCCCAUCUUCGCUUUGAAGUGGAACAGGAAAGGGAAUUACAUUCUGAGUGCUGGUGUAGACAAAACAACCAUCAUUUGGGAUGCCCACACAGGAGAAGCCAAACAACAGUUUCCUUUUCAUUCCGCGCCCGCCCUGGACGUGGACUGGCAGAACAACACGACCUUCGCCUCCUGCAGCACCGACAUGUGCAUUCACGUCUGCAGACUCGGCUGCGACCGGCCCGUCAAAACCUUCCAAGGACACACGAACGAGGUCAAUGCCAUCAAGUGGGACCCUUCCGGAAUGCUGCUGGCGUCCUGCUCCGACGAUAUGACGUUAAAGAUCUGGAGUAUGAAGCAGGACACGUGCGUCCAUGACCUCCAGGCUCACAGCAAAGAGAUCUACACCAUCAAGUGGAGUCCCACCGGGCCCGCCACCAGCAACCCAAAUUCCAACAUCAUGCUAGCAAGUGCUUCGUUCGACUCCACGGUGCGGCUGUGGGACGUGGAGCGGGGGGUGUGCACCCACACGCUGACCAAGCACCAGGAGCCCGUCUACAGUGUGGCCUUCAGCCCCGACGGCAAGUACCUGGCCAGUGGCUCCUUUGACAAGUGCGUGCACAUCUGGAAUACUCAGAGUGGGAGUCUCGUGCACAGCUACCGAGGCACCGGCGGCAUCUUCGAGGUGUGCUGGAACGCUCGCGGGGACAAAGUGGGCGCCAGCGCGUCCGACGGCUCUGUGUGUGUUUUAGAUCUUCGGAAGUAAACACAAACUAUUUCAGAAAAGAAAUCUCACGGACCAGCAGUGAACGUGUGAGGUCGCAGCCGCUCGCCAGACACAGUCUACCCGCUCCGAAGCUGGACGGACUUGACUCGCAUUAGGGUGUCUUUGGAAAUCAGCUCAUCCCUGCCCACGGGAGUCUCUACUACUUUGUAACCUUCAUCAAGAAGUUUAAGACAGAAACAUACACAGUCCUAUCGAAGGGGGGACGGACGGUUUCCACCCACAACACUCAGCCUGGGAAGCACGAAGCCACCAGCUCAACGGCGCGUGGUUUGGUUUCCAUCCAGAACAGGCUCUGAUGGCCGAGAGGAGAGAAGGAGGGGGAAGAAAGGAAAGGAAAAAAAAAAGCUGUGCCAAAAAAAGGAAAAACGAGAAAAAUGCUGUGAUAAACCCAAAGGGGGGUAGGGGACUCUCCCCCACGUGGCGGGUUUUUCCCUGACGAUUUGGACACUACAGUUCUCACGCAGGAUGUUCAAAGACCAGUUUGUACCGAUGAAAUGCGCGACUUUGUAAUCCCAACACUUUCUAUUUUCUAGAAUCUUCUUUGUCCGGUGGUUUUUCUAUUGGCUGGAAUCCUGUCGUCUGAGGGCCUUCGGUCUGAGAUGGAAACUGUUUCUGGUUUGUUGCUUCUUUCCCGUGGUCCGCCCCCACCCCCGCACCCCUCGCCCGGCUCCGUGUGCUCUGGGUGCGCCGUCCACCCUCGCACGGGCCGCCUGGUGGACGCCGCGCCGGAAUCCUGGACGGGCGGCUGUCCCGCACCCCCCCCCCCCGCCCCUCGCUCACUCUCUCUCUGACCCCCGGAAUCCUGGACGGGCGGCUGUCCCGCACCCCCCCCCCCCCCGCCCCUCGCUCACUCUCUCUCACAGUUGCUUCGGAUCUUCGGUCUCAAGGGCACUUUCGGCGCGUACUAAGUGCUUUAUGUAAGCAGGCGGGGCAGGGGGACUUUUUACAGGAGAAAAAAAUACUUAUACGAGAGAGAGCCCGGAGUAUUUUUGGAAAAAAAAAUAUUUUUAUGUUAAAACAAUUUUAAAAUCCUAAAAAUGGCCAGCAGACAUAGAGAGCUUUGUGUGAUUCAUAUUUUAAACAAAUUCUAGGAAGACACAGGCAGGGUCUGAGGUCGCUUUUUCCUUUCCCUUCAGCUUUGAACGGUGGUGAGGAGUGUGGGUGGGAAAGGUCGGUCCUGGGCGCGGGCCGCGAUCUCGCCCUGCCGCCCGAGAGAGCGCGAGCCCAGCGCCUUCUGGUUCGGAGACGAGCCCUGCACCUCACCGGGCACGGGGCCCCCGAAGCCGGCGGGAGUGCGGGACGGCAGCGCGUUCUGACCCCCAAGAAGCAUUCCCCAAACCACGUGGCAUCGAAGACGCCACCACAGCUUGCAGCUGGGCUCAGUGUCCCCUUGGCAGCUCGUGGGCGGCGCCACAGACACCGAGAGCAGGGUGGCCCGUCAUGGCCACGGGGACAUAAAAGGCUCCAGGAUCUCCCCUGGUCUCCCAGUGACAGAAACGAACAGGGAAGGCAGAUGUUCGGUCCCGGAGGUGAAUUACAUAGGUAGAAACGUCACUAAUAAUUUCUGCUGUCUUCAUAAUUUCUUUCUCUCGCAGGAGAAUAGGAGAAAGAUUUUUUUUUUUAAAUGAAUCUUUUUACUGUUUAAAAAAAAUUAAACAUGGCUUUGUGUUCCUAGAGGAGUUUCCUUUCAUUGGAUCAGGUGACCUUUGUGCUCUUGUCAUAACCGGACACAGACCUAGUUUUUAAGUGAGCAGCGGGGAAGGCGUGCAACAGAAGGCCCUUCGCCACCUGCUCCCUGGCGGGCACAGGAAGGGAGGAAGUUGGCCAGGCCUGGGGGCAGGGGUCCAGUCGUGGGCAGGCGUCCGCUGGGGCGCGUGUCCCAGCAGCGACACGGGAUGUCCAUCAGACGGUGGCACCCACCCACGCAGUUGAACCCCACGGGCAGGGCGGGCCGGGGCUCCCUGCGCAACUUAGAAUGCGCCGGGCCGAGCUACAAAGACCGCAAGACCUAGAAAGUGCUCUGUGGACGAUGGGAUUUCAUGCAGGCUCUGGUGCCACAGUGCUUAGCCCAGGGGUCCGAGUCCCGUGUGGUCCUCACUCCCCUCCUCAGAGAGGGCAGACAAGGACUUGCUGGCCCCAAGGUGUCCCUGGGUUUGGGACGCGAUUCGCUGGGGGUCCAGGCCAACACCGUCUUGACUCCCUGUGCAAGUUCCAGUGUCACCUGCACAGAGAGUAAGUGGUUAAGGGGAGCCCCGUGGUCAGGACAUCCUGGAAGAAGGGGUUCACUAGGCAAUCUUCACAGAGAGGUCGGGAGCCUGGGCAUAAGCCUCCCGAGGACACUCAGCCACUGGGGAACCAGGAUGUAAGAGCCAAGGGCUACAAGACCUCGCACGACACCGGCUUGACCCCUGUGUGCAGGAAGGAAUGAAGCGGGAGAGGAUGGAGGCCAACCGCCCGCUUCCCCGGCUGCCCUGAGCCGCCACGGCACAGGCGCUCCCCAUGGGUCUGAACAGGGACCGACCGUGAGUGCAUGGCCCCUGCCGUCCAGCCCCGCCCUCGGCGCGACGACCGCCAUCCGUGGAGCCUCCCACACUUGCCCUGUGGCCCAAAAGCCAGUGGAGCCCCUCCGUCCUCGCGGGAUGGCCCGUGGGAGAACGCACUCUGGGUCCUUGGUGACGGCGCUGACCGCGGGGAAAUGCUUCCGUGCCUGGGACCAGAGGGGACCUUGACUCUGCGAUCACGGUGACACGGCGGUGCGGCCCAGGAUCCGCGGUUGGGUUUCAAGUGACCAAGAGCGCGUUCCGCAGGCCCAUCCAGCGAGGGGAUGCUGCCCUGCGGCGGGGGCCGGGAGGGCCAGCCGGGACCGGGCAUCCAGUCGCCGACCCCACACAGCACCGGGGACGUGACGCUUGUCUUGUCUUUCUGAACCGAGAUCACGGAGCCACGUGAAGUGCACUUUGUCAGAUGUAAGGGUCUGCUUUGUGGUUAUUUUUAACCUUCUGCCUCCACCUUUUUCUUUUCCUUUUUUAAAUCGUGUUUCUUGUCAAAUGCAGAAAUGUUCCUUCCGCCGCUCACUGAGGUUUUGAAUUCUGGCUUCUGCGGUUUUUAUUGUCUGUGUCAGACGUACAGCCAGACGCGGUCCCCUGUCUGCGUGUUCUCUCGACCCUGUCCCAUCGCCUCCGCCCCGUCCUGUCCUCCGGCCCACUCACCCUCACGCGCUGAGAAGAGUCACCUUGUGCGUCGUAGCUCCUUUGUUUCCAGAGAGAAUCAACCGAUCAUACUCAGUGUCUUGAAUAAAUUGCUCUAUUUUGAUAUUAGAGAA